UCAGAUCAGGCAUCCCACCAUUUUAUAGGCAGCAUUAAAGUUAUUUUAUGAUCGCGGUGCAGAUUGUGAUAGUGAGUGCCAAAUCAUAGUUUAACUAGCAGAGCAAAAGACUCGAAGAGAGCGUCUGUCUGGGUUGCAGCCGCUGUGCAAUAAGACUGUCCCUCUGGAUUCUCUCGCGCUGUCUGUCUGAGAACACAAUGGUGAGACGAAGAUAAAGAGAACAUAUCAAGAAAAAAGGAGGAGAAAGGAAUCGAUCUCUUGCGACAAGAGAGGAAUACGUCACCUGAGUUUUACAGCAAAACAUCACAAACAAUCAUGAAGCAUUUUCUGAGGGUGCUGGUACAGUUCCUCUCGUUUCUCUACUGCACAUUUCUGUGGCGCGCGCUCAAGUUCCUCACUCACAAGGUGACGGGACGCUGUGAGCUGCAGAGGAUCUGCCACUCUCACAAACCUGGUGCCUGUAGGACCCUCAUGAUAGAGAAAUCCCUGAGGUCCUCCAAGAGUGAGCUACUACAGUCUGCAGUGAGUGUGGGUUCUGACUCGGUGGAGAAGGUUACUGAUGACAUCAUGACCCUGAAGAGGAUCCACGAGGACUCCAACCUCCAGCUGAGUGUGUCCCUGCAGGCCUGUCUGUUCCAGGUGGUGGGUUACAGAGCUCUCCUGGUGGAGGUGGAGACGCUUCGCAGGGAGCAUUACGACAGUGACAACCCCCAGCAUGAGGACAUGCUCCUCAGGUUCUGGAAAGCUCUGUGUCCGGACUCCCCUCUGACGUCCCGCGUGUCCAAACAAUGGAGUGACAUCGGUUUCCAGGGCAGCGACCCCAAAACUGACUUCAGAGGCAUGGGCAUCCUAGGACUCCUUAACCUGCUGUAUUUUGCAGAGCACGAUAGGACCACAGCCCUGCAGGUGCUGCAUGACUCCCAGCAGCCCAAACACAGCAAGAUGAGCACACUGGACUGGAACAAGAACAAUUUUGACAAAGCCAUUGGGUUCUCCUUCGCCAUCGUGGGGAUCAACAUCACACAGUUGACCUACAAGCUCCUGCUGGAUGGGGCUUUGAAAACACACCUGUACAACGUAGCACCUGAGAUGCCCAGCCUGGCACAUUUCCAUCAGACGUUCUGUUACCUGAUGCAGGAGUUCCACAGGUUCUGGGUGGAAGAGAACCCACGUGACAUCAUGGAGUUUAAUCGUGUGCGUGACAAGUUCCACCGCAUGGUUCUCAAGCAGCUCCAGAACCCCACCGUGGCUCUGGGUCACCACUCACCUGCCUCCCACCUGCACCUCAUCAACCUGUAGUCACCAACACUGGAGUCAGGGGGCUGAGUGGUUAGGGAGUCGGGCUAGUAAUCUGAAGGUUGCCGGUUCGAUUCCUGGCUGUGCGAAAUGACGUUGUGUCCUUGGGCAAGGCACUUCACCCUACUUGCCUCUGGGGAAUGUCCCUGUACUGUAAGUGACUCUGGAUAAGAGCGUCUGCUAAAUGACUAAAUGUAAACACUGUUCUCUUCUGGUUUAUUGUGUCGCAACUCUCAUUUAUGGCUGAACAACUAUCAAUAUUUAUAUAUAUAUCUCACAUGUGUUAUGUGUGUAUUCAAAUGUGUAAUUUAUGAUACUAUAAUGAAGUAAUCAAUUCAUAAUCAGUAUAUAACAAAUCUGUGUAUCUUGAAGCAAUAACUUUCAUAAACUUUCAACACAAAUUUCUGAAGUUUAAUGGUUCAUGGUCAACAAUGCUAAAUCUUGAUAUCAUCCCUAAGCUGUAAAACAAUAAUAGCCUACUUAAGCAUAUUAGUGGACACAGUUUCUAAGAUAUGUUCAAUGACUGUUCAGUUCGAACUUUGUUCCACUUUAACUUUGCACAGUUGUGUUUGCUUGUGGGCAACUCAAGCCCUCUCCCCUCUCUCCAUCACACACACAAUAUGCUUGACAUUUGGGGAUUUGCUUUUCUGUUUUGUAGUCAUCCAUCAUGCUGAAGAGUUUAAAAUAGGUGCUUGCCAAUGAAAUGUAUUGUUUACAGUACUCCUUGGUUUUAAUUGAUUAUAUGUAAAGUAUUUGACAAUAAAAGACUGGCUUGU